GUAAUCUGUUCCGGCAGAAGAGUCUUUCGGUUCCUAUACCGUCCGCGAUCGUCCAUUGACUUGUCUUGCUGUUCUGAGGUGUCCAACAACCGCAUCACGCAAACAAUGGGGGACUGUAGGAUCCGGAUCUCGGUCGCCAGGAGUCUUUUUGCUUCGUAUCCCACCGACAAACUCGCGGCAGACGGUGCCGAUGGGUCUUCUUCUGCGAGCAUUUCCCACAGCGACAAGGCGGUGGUGUUUUCGACGACGUAUUCCGCCGACACCACCGUCCGGGAGGUUGCCGAGGGGAAUCCCUUGCUGAAACAUCUGUUCUUUGGUGGCGAUGCCCCGUCGUUAUCGCCGUCGCCCGGAGACCCACCGACCGUCGGCUUUUGCCUCUGGGACUUCACCCUCCAUCCUCCCAGAGAUAUCACCUCCUGGCCCAGGAAAGAGUACCCGGACCUCCAGGGCCCCAGAAGCAAGACCCUCCAUGCCGCGGGCUGGUUUCCUUCUGGCACGUGGGUUGCGGUUCCGAGAGGAACGGAACCGGGCGGGCUCUCCGGCUCAUCGACCGAUGCCUACGCCGACGCACAGUACAACACCCCCGUUGCCGGCACCACCGGACCCAUCCUUGGCGGCCGGGUCGAGUUCCUUGAUCCGAACCUCCGGUCCGGAGGCGGAGGCACCCGCGGUGUCCMGCUCCCCUCGCGGGUCGUAGAAACCGUGGCGAACCGGUUUGCCGUCGAGGAGCGGGGGGAAGCCCCCGGGGUGGCGGCGCCCCGGAAGAUCCCUCGCCAGGACCGCCUCCAAAAAGAAAGAGAACGCGGCGCCAAGCUCGAACGGAGGAUCGCGGUGCUGGAAGAGCAAUCAAAGGCCGGCAAGCAGAACAAAAAGAAGAAAACAUCGGACCAGGUGCUCCGGAUGCUGGUAAAAUCUAGGGCAACGGGAGACAAGAACCUCAAGCAGCAGGACCGGCUCUAUUGCCAGUGCCUGGUUAUCGUUGACGGCGAAAACGCCGGCAACGACAACGACAACGAUGUCGACAACGGGAAUCCUACCGGCACCAGUGCAGCCGAAAACAGCGGUUCGUCCAAAGAGUAUCGUUAUUUCUCUCCACAGGAUACCUUCGCCAAAAUUGCCAAUAGUUUCCAGAAUCCUUCGGAGAAAAAGAAUCUCUUCGGCGAAGUCUUGUGUCGGCGACCAGCAGCUAACGCCAAAGAUCCGCAGACCCAAUCGCUGAUCCAUCGUCGUUUCCCGGUAACUAUGAGGGUGUACGAGGCUAUUCGCGAAGGGUAUUUAUCGUUGUCCAAAAGCAACGCCAAUUAUCUGGACGACAUGUUGAUCGUUCGAUGGUACAAAGAUCGAGAGGAUGCAACGCUUGAUCUCCAACACGACAACGAAACAAUUGCUAGCGAAGAUGAAAAUGAUGUUGUAGCCACAACAAAGUCAGAAAGCGUGGCGACAGAGCCGGUAACCGUUCCAAUGGAUGUCGAGGAAGAAACUACUUCUAGUCCGGAUGGUGUAGAUGCCGACGCCACAACGACGCUUGAAGAUGCGCUUCUCACAGAUGCUAUUCAGAAGAUGGAAGUUCUGAAUAACAAAGGAAAAAAGAAAACGGCAUCCACCAAGAAGGCCUCGGCUGCUGCUCUGAAGGUGCGCCAGAUGAAAAUGAAAUCAAAGUCCAAGGGCAACAAGAAACUAAACAUCGACGAACGAUUCUUUUUGGAGGUUGUUUCGAUUCCCAAGGCCGGAGGAGACCCUGUUUCCGAGUGUUGCUUCUUGUCGAAGAAGGAUCCAAUCGAACGGGUCCUGCAGUACAUCGCUACCAUUGCUGGCACAUCCGACGAGUGGCGGUUUUUGGUACCCAGAGAAGGGUCGAGGUACCAAGCAAUCUCCGAGGUUUCAAUGCCAGUGCAAGAAGCAGAGGAAAAGGGAAUCGUAAAGUCCUUUGAUCGCCUUAUACUCUGUCCCCGUCCUCAAACCAACCAGAAUUAAGAACGAAUGGUUUGGUCGAGGGGUACGAGCAAUUGGCACGGUUUUUUGUCACCCGUAUCAAAAUCCUCAGUGCUCGGUGUAAUUGUAUUUAAAAUAACAACAUAGCACUAAAAGUCUGAGUGCACA